GUCCAGUUGUUGGUUAAAGGAGAGACUGAGACAUGGCAUUACAGUUGUCUCCAUUUCCUAAUCAGUGUGCUGCAGGAGUCCAUGCUGUGGGAUGGGCAUUAAUUCAACCUUGUUUCUGGAUUCUUAAUAACCUUAUUGCUUUAUGGAAGUCUACCACUUUGGAGAAAACCCGACAACUGGGGCAGGAACUCCACCGUCAUCGUGUCAAACUUGUCUUUGGCUCUAUCCUCUUUUUCUUUCUUUUAAUUAUCUCAUGCCUCAUAGCCUUCUUUGGCUUCAUACUAUGGGCCCCUCUUCAGCUCUGCCGCAGGCCCUUCUCCUACCACAAAGAGACACAAAUUUCACCAGAAAAGGAGACUCAUAGGGGCUUUGAGUUGGUAGGAAAGGCAUCAUUUGGCUUUGCAACUGCCAAUCUGUGUCUUUUGCCUGAUGGCUUAGCUCGCUUCAACAACCUUGGACACACUCAACGCAGAGCAACUGCCAUUGGCCAGCACAUCGUACAGGGUGUGUGUCGACCCCACAUCCGUAUCUUUGUUGACUCCCCCAGCAGCUGUGGUACUCUCAGCCCCUCCAAUAGCAUACUCCCCACAGUCAACCCAUCAACAUAUGGGGCUACGGAUAAACAGGCCCAACCUCCAUCAAGUAACAGCUCAGUAAGAGAAUACGCUGAGGGGUCUGUAGCUGUGUCUAAUAGUCAAGUGGUUUAUGUACCAUGCGAUGAUACAGAAGAUCCUUUGACUGUGUCACCCCCCCUCUUCAAUUCUAAUCAAAACUCCAACCAGCAGGGCCAAGCAGGUCACAGGAGUGCCCCACGAGCUUUGCUAUCUCAGGGUCUCCGCCAGCAGGAUGACAUAACAUGGGAAGUAUCAUCAUUAUUUCCCCCCAAUGUGGAUAUACUCUGCCUAGAAGAAGUGUUUGAUAAGAGGGCUGCACAAAAACUCACUAAUGCAUUGAAGCCUGUGUUUGGACAUAUACUUUAUGACGUUGGUGUGUAUUCCUUCCAACCACCAUGCAAAUGCAACACUUUCAAGUUCUUCAACAGCGGCCUGUUCGUGGCCAGCCGAUUCCCAAUACUGGAAGCCCAGUACCACUGCUUUCCCAACAGCCGAGGGGAAGAUGCACUGGCUGCCAAAGGCCUCCUUUCUACCAAGGUACUAAUUGGGAAGAAUGACAAACAGAAAAAUGUGGUUGGUUUUUUCAACUGCACACACCUACAUGCACCCGAAGGUGAAGGGGAAAUUCGCUGUGAGCAGUUAAAUAUGGUAGCAGAAUGGAUUGGAGAUUUUCAAGCUGCCAACAGGAAGCCUGAUGAAGAUGUUGUUUUUGAUGUGCUCUGUGGCGAUUUCAACUUUGACAACUGCUCACCUGAUGACACCCUGGAGCAAAAUCACCGUUUGUUUGAUGAGUAUAGAGACCCUUGCAGGGCAGGACCAGGAAAAGAGAAGCCAUGGGUCAUUGGUACUCUUCUGGAGCAGCCCACACUGUAUGAGGACAAUAUAAACACUCCAGAAAAUCUGCAAAGAACUUUGGAAAGAGAGGAGUUGAGAAAGCAGUACAUCUCUCCUCCUGUUCCUGCACGAGAUUGUCCACUGGUUUAUCCUGAACCUGGCCAACCAUGGAUUGGGCGUCGAAUUGACUACAUUCUGUACCGUGAAAUCUCCAUUUCAAGGCACUACAGAACUGAAGUUGAAGAGGUGACGUUCAUAACCCAGCUGGCCAGCCUUACAGACCAUGUUCCUGUGGGCUUGAGACUGAAUGUAAUAAUGGACUCUUGAGUAUAUAGAUAACUGAAAACUAAC